UAAGACUCCACAAAAGCCCUCGCUCUUAUAAAAACCCUUUGCCUUCGCCGUUUCCAAAAUAACUCGCGCUGCGAUACCUCUCGUUUCGCCAAACAAACGCAAGAUUUGCAGAUUCAUUUAUCCUCUCUUUGUUGCUUAGCGAUCGAUGGCGUUGCCUAAUCAGCAAACUGUUGAUUAUCCGAGCUUCAAGCUCGUCGUCGUCGGCGAUGGAGGAACUGGAAAGACCACUUUUGUGAAGAGGCAUUUAACUGGAGAGUUUGAAAAGAAGUAUGAGCCAACCAUUGGAGUUGAGGUUCAUCCAUUGGACUUCUUCACUAACUGUGGGAAAAUCCGGUUUUAUUGCUGGGAUACUGCUGGGCAAGAGAAGUUUGGUGGUCUCAGAGAUGGUUACUACAUCCAUGGGCAAUGUGCCAUUAUUAUGUUUGAUGUUACUGCCCGGUUGACAUACAAGAAUGUUCCUACAUGGCAUCGUGAUCUUUGCAGGGUGUGUGAGAAUAUUCCUAUUGUUCUCUGCGGUAACAAGGUUGAUGUAAAGAACAGGCAGGUUAAGGCAAAGCAGGUCACAUUCCACAGGAAGAAGAACCUGCAAUACUACGAAAUUUCUGCCAAGAGCAACUACAAUUUUGAGAAGCCUUUCUUGUACCUUGCCAGGAAGCUUGCUGGUGACCCCAGUCUUCAUUUUGUUGAGUCUCCUGCUCUUGCUCCUCCCGAAGUUCACAUCGACUUGGCUGCCCAGCAACAGCACGAGGCUGAGCUUGCAGCGGCAGCCAGUCAGCCUCUUCCAGAUGAAGACGAUGACACAUUCGAAUAGAGGGGAUGUCAGUACUUGUGCUGCAUUUUUCAUUUUCAGCUCAGUCGGAUUUAAAAUUUUCAUUAUCAAGUGGGGAGAAAUAGGGAUGAUGAUGUGAGCUCGUUUGAGGACAGAGGGUUAUUUGUAGUUUUAGGAAUUUUCGAACAUAAUUGAUGUUAUGGUGGAUCUUUGAUCGAUGUUUCUGACUUUUAUGUUUAUUGUCGAUGUUUUGGAUUUUGCCUCGAGUAAAAUUCCUUAU